CAUGGCGCCGGCGGCGGCGGCGCAGCGCGAUGAGGCGGCGCGGCCGCAGCACAAGCCCAACUACUUCAACUCGUCGCCGAAGCCGUUCUCGUCGGAGCCGCGGCCGUUCCAGGCGGCUGCGGCGUUCGGGCGCGGCUGGCCGCCGGCCGCCGAACAAAUUCCGAUCCCUGUGCACGUGGAGCGCGGUGGUGACGCGCGGCGCCCGCCCCAGACGGCGCCCAAGCCGCGGCCGGCCACGGCGCCGCAGCCCAAGCCGCAGCCGCAGCCUGAGCCGGAGAAGGAGCGACCGCCGCCGCCGCCGCCGGCGAAGACGCCCAAGGAGCGAGCGAUGGAAAGGAUCGGGACCGUGCGGGACGAGGUGGCCCAGCUGGCGAGCCAGGUGGACGCCUUCACUGGCACGAAGGGCGAGAAGCAGUACAUAUUCCUCGACGAGAUGCUGACGCGGGAGCUCAUCAAGCUGGACGAUGUGGAGACUGGCGGCGACGACGAGGUGCGGACAUCACGAAAGGACGUCAUCAUGAGCAUCCAGAACUGCCUGGGACGGUUGGAGCGGCAGAGCAGCGUUGCAGCGGCGGAGCAGACCGCGGGCGAGCAGCCCAUGGAGACGGAGCAGGCUGCCGACGGGACUGAGAACGCGAAGGCGGCAACGACUGAGGCGGAGGCGGUGAUGGAGGCUGAGGUGGCCGAAAAGCCGGUGGCGCCGCCGGCCGAGGGCGCGCAACCGCCGGCUGAGGGGGGCCAGCCACCGACCGAAGGGAAGCAGCCGCCGGUGGAGGUGAGCCAGGCGCCGGCGGCGGACACUGCUCCGCAGGAGGCAGUUCAGGAGGCCACCCGGGAGGCGCCGCAGAACACGGCACAGCAGGCAUCGCAGGAGACUGCCCAGGAGACGCCUGAGGAGGCCGUUAAAGAAUCGCCACAGGAGACGCGGCCGGGGGACGGUGCUGCUGUGGAGAACGCUCCCGCCGCCGCCCCCGCUGCGGCUGCGGCCGCGGCCGCGGCCGAGCCGGAGACGGCCGCCGCCGCCGCUGCCACCGCUGCCACCGCUGCCGCUGCCACCGCGGAGACCAUGGACCAGAGCUAGCGGCGCCGGCGGCCGCUAGAGUGAUCCGAGCCAGGCCGCUGGUGCGAUUGAGCCAGGCCGCUAGAGUGAUCGAGCCAGGGCACUAGAGCAAUUGAGCCAGGCCACUGGAGCGAUCUGAACCAGGCCACUGGAGCGAUCGAAACCAGGCUGUUUAAGCGAUCCGAUUCAGACCACCGGAGCGAUCCGAGCCAGGCCGUUGGAGCGACGCCAGGCCCGCUGACGCCGCCGAAGGCUAUUCAUAGCCGGCGGCGCAGCCGCGCGGGGGCGAGGAAUGUCCGAGCUGUGACUUGCAGUCGGCGUUGUGGUGCCAGCCGGCGGAUGAGGCGGGCCGGGUGCCGGCGACGCGCGCCCGGGCCGGUCUGACCGGCGGCAGGGUCGGGUCGGGCCGCCGACACGGCGCUCGAGACAGCUGGUCACUCAGGGCUGCCGGACGGUGCUAGUCGAGCCUCGUGGAGGGCGUCGUGCGGACGCCCCGGUUGUGAUGAUCUGUACUGUGUGUGAGGAGGAAGGCUGCGAGGCUACCAAUCAGCUGUUUACUGUGGUUUCUAAUGUACGUGCGCGCUGUGGUAUUGUUUGCUGUUGAUAAUACGAAUAAACAUUGUGGUACUCGUA